AUGCCCCAGUCCGACAACCAGCCCGUCUGCCCCAAGUUCCAGCCCAACAUCUUCGACCGCUCCCGCUGCCACGACUGCCUGCGACAGCAGCACCUGCACGCAGAGGCAUCACAGCAGAAACCCACAGCAGCGGCUGGGACGGGGCUGAAGGGGGGGCUGUUAACGCCGGUCCCAGCGCAGGCAGAGGAAAGAGAGGCCAGCAGCAAGGACGACUCGGACGCGCCGUCCGUGGUGAGCAGCUACUGUGAUGUCAUCGGAGGCCAUCUGGGGAACGGGCCGGGCUCCUUGUGCAUCCUGAGCGCCGACUGCGAGCUUUUUAUCUGGGACGACGACAGCACAGACAGGUCGCUGGUCUCGUUCUCUCCUCCUCCCUCGCUCCCGACUCGCCCCAUCUGUCACCUCUCUACCGUCGCCAUUCUUCCCUGUAGCUGUCGGGACCAGAGUGACUCCGUCAGCGCCGAGGACGACGACCUGCCGACCCGUCGCCGCUCAAGCACACUGGACAUGACCCGGCUGGACCCACCGCCCCACCGGCCCACCCCUCGGGCCUGGAUGGAGGAGUCCCGGAGCCGAGACGACUUGAGCCGGCGCUCAGGAUUACGAGACGAUCGUCCGAGGCGUGAAAGUGGCUACUUCUCCCUGGGGAGGGCAGCGGGGGCCCGUUCGCUCCGUGACAGCAGCCCGCCUGCUCCUUUCCGCCAUUUUGAGAGAGGACAUCCCAUCUUCAGCCACAGAAGUGUAGAGCCCAAAGACACCAUCCCCUUCAGGAACCCCAACCUCGGCGUGGCGUCUGAAAGGCAGGUCCCGGACAACCUGGACGAGGACCUGCCGCUGGAGAUCCUUCCUCCUGACCCUUAUGAAGUCGCAGUUGAAGUCGAAGCCCAAGUCGGCCCCCGCUCACCAAGCCCGACCCCUUUUAAGAUCGCUGAGUCACUUGCCUCAAACACCCGAAAAAGGUUCAACAGUCCAGGAGCUCAAGGAACCUGGUCUUCUUCCCACCAGCCGGGACGCUUCGAGGCCUCGAGGCAAAGCUCAGCUCUGCAGUCUCGAUCUUCUUCCCCCUCCCGUGGAAGCUUAGCGUUCAGACGCAGCGAGUCGACGGCCUCCCUCAGCAGGCACGGCUUCGAUGAUGGAGGGAAGUUCAAAGGGGCGGAGCCAGGAAGGAGCUCACUGCAAAGCACCCGAUGCGUGGAGUCAGGAACUCUGCCACGGAACUUUAAAGCCUUCGCUGGUUCCGUCAAGUCCCAGUCCGGCAUGGUUUCUGACUUUAGGAGUGCUUUGAGGCGAACAGAAGCCAGUGGAUCUUUGAGCAGUCGCGGCUGUGAUCGCAGAAGCUCGCCCCCCUCCAGGAGGGAGUACAACCCUCCAGGCCAAAUGUCUCCUCGUAAAACCGAGAGCAGCAGCUCCUCUCCUGUCCGCCAACGCGCCGCUCGUACCUCCUCCCCACCCAGAGUGUCUGACAACAGAUCCUCACCCCCACGGAGAACCUUCGGUCCGUCCGCCCAAAGCUCCCUGCGUCAAUCUGAAUCGGUUACGUCCCUGAAUGGACACGGUCACUACGGACGCUGUGGUUCUCCAAUAAGGGAAGGCUACGACAUCGAAAGUCAGGCCCAGCUGAGACGUUCAGCGGGAAGGAAUGGACAGGACUAUGAGGAAUACGAACAGGACAGAAGUCACGAAGCACCAGGUCGAUCCAUACUCCGUAAGACGGAGGGCAGUACCAGAGGCAGCAACAGCCGAAGUCCUUCCCCUGGGAGAAGAGGACUUGAAGCUCCCGCUCGUUACCAACCCAAAAAAGCAAACAGCAGCAGCUUGUUGAACGUGCGCAGUCAUGAAGGCCGGAACUCGUCUCCGUCCAGACGGAGCCGCGAAGCUCCUUCUCUGCUGCGCACGUCUGAGCUCAACACGAACCGUGACAGCCACGCUUUGCUGCCAUCGCGGAGAAGCUAUGAUGCUCCUCAAGCGCGUUCACCGCACAGACCAGAACCAAGCAGAACCCUGAACAGCAGGACGCCUGACAGACACCGUUCUCCUCCCAGAACAGGCCCCAGGGACGCGCCGGGCUACUCGCUCCUGAGACACGCCACCAACGCAGACGCCGUUCGUUCCUCCCACAGGAGAGUGCCCUUCAGCGAGUCGGAGCCAGACUCUAAACACUCACCGCGGUCGUGGAGGGAAUCGACUCCCGCCCGCAGCGCUUCGCCCUCUAGACAGACCACAAAGAGCAGCAGAGUCACACUAGAACCGCAGAGGAGCCCCAGCAGGUACAGAUCUGGGGUCAGCAGACACUGCCCUUCUCCCGGGGACAGGACGCUCCCUCAGUCACCUCCCACGCAGAUGCGCAGACACACCUCCUCCCAGAGCUCCAUGGAGUCGUCCGAGUCCGGCCAGGUGUCGGUCGGGUCCACGGGCCGGAACAGGGAGGAGUACGCCACGAUGGCCGACCUGCCAAAGGUCAAGAGGAUCCAUCAGAUGGAGGAGCCCGGACACGUGGGGCCUCAGAGCCAGCUGUGCUCUCGUAGACAGGAGCUCUUUAAACCAGCCAGCCACUCGCUGAGCAAACACCCGUCCACAGAGCGGCUCGAUGCGCUCGACUCCGACAGAGACUGGUCCCACGGCGGCUUCCUGUCUGGAGCCCAGUCCACGUCCCUGCAGGUCCGGAUCUGUGGUCCCUGUGAGUCGGGCUCUGGGUCUGGGGCUCUGGGUCUUGGCUCACGUCGCCCGUGUCUUUGCAGUGUGGCAGCCGCACAGCGGACGAGGACCGGCGCCGGGCGGAGGGGAUGCAGGUACGUGGGACACGUGUCCGUGGAUGCGCCCACGCCCACGCACGCGCUCACGCACACGCGGCUGCUCGUUACGUUUGUCCCGUGGGAGCGGAACUUGGACGCGCAGGCUCGUUGCGCCUCCAACCUCACCUACAGCCGCAGGCGGUUCAUCAGACGCAGCUUUGCCAGUUACGGUUUGCUGAGACAUGUGCUGGAAUUCUUGAACUGAAACCAAGAGGGGACCGGAGGAGGAGGAGGGGGGCGCGAGCGCGGAUAGCGUCGGUGAGGACGGUGUAGCAG